AUGGCUCGAGAUCAUUCAGUGAGUCUCUGUAAAGUUCCAGGCAUGGCUCGAGAUCAUUCAGUGAGUUUCUGUGAAGUUCCAUGCAUGGCUCGAGAUCAUUCAGUGAGUCUCUGUAAAGUUCCAGGAAUGGCUCGAGAUCAUUCAGUGAGUUUCUGUAAAGUUCAAGGCAUGGCUCGAGAUCAUUCAGUGAGUCUCUGUGAAGUUCAAGGCAUGGCUCGAGAUCAUUCAGUGAGUUUCAGUGAAGUUCAAGGCAUGGCUCGAGAUCAUUCAGUGAGUUUCUGUGAAGUUCAAGGCAUGGCUCGAGAUCAUUCAGUGAGUUUCUGUGAAGUUCAAGGCAUGGCUCGAGAUCAUUCAGUGAGCUUCUGUAAAGUUCAAGGCAUGGCUCGAGAUCAUUCAGUGAGUUUCUGUGAAGUUCCAGGCAUGGCUCCAGAUCAUUCAGUGAGCUUCUGUAAAGUUCAAGGCAUGGCUCGAGAUCGUUCAGUGAGUUUCUGUAAAGUUCCAGGCAUGGAUCGAGAUCAUUCAGUGAGCUUCUGUAAAGUUCAAGGCAUGGCUCGAGAUCGUUCAGUGAGUUUCAGUGAUGUUCAAGGCAUGGCUCGAGAUCAUACUUAA